CAUCUACAAAAUCCCAAAUUCAUAAAUACUUCAUCAAUACCCUACCCAACAUAUAUAAUGAAUGAAUUUACUUGAAUUACUAGAUAAUUGCCAUUCCUAAUUGCAGCAAACUAUGUUUAGAUAGAUGAGAACCACCAGGGAACAUGGGCACUUGGACUAUGAAGACAAAGUUGGCCAUUACAACAAGAUGAGAGCCCAAUUCAUCAAAGAUCAACAGCCCAUCAAUCUUUCUUCUCCAUGCUAAAUUCCCCAUUCCUUUUAACUCCCCCCAUCUUUUCCAUCAAAUCUUUUAAUUUUCCUGUUGAAAUAUUAUAAAACGCACAAACAUAACCAUCUGGCCGAAAGCAUCGCUACAGCCAUGAAAUACUUCCCAACACCCCCUCCUCCACUUUUUUAUUAUAAAAAAAAAAAAAAGAGUAGCUCCACCAUAUUUUCUUGCCCCAAACUCGCUUUUGGGAUUUCAUUACUAAUCCAGAAAACAAAAAGGAGGAAGAGAUAAUUAAGAAGUAUAUCAUCAUUAUCUUUGCUUCUCUUUUUUUUUUUUUUAUAUCUAUUUUUGCCCCACACACCCAACAGAAACAGGAAGGAAGAAAAUAAGGAUUCUUCUUUCUGAUCCCUAGCUCCUUGAUUCUCCCAAGAAAGGCCCGUCGAUCGCCACCGCCAAAUUCCGACAUGGAUCUCCUCUUUUCCGUUCGAAGCUGUUAGUCGAUCGAUUUCACAGUCUCCAUCCCCUGCUCUCGGCAGCUCCAGGUACGUUAAUCAUUUUCGUGAUCUCAACAACAGUCUUGUUCUCUUUGGAGUUUACGAGGGAUUCGAUUAAUUCUGUGAAACCGUGAUCGAUUUCCUGUAUGAUAUUGAGAUAUAUUUUUUUUUUUGUUAUUAAAGGUGCAAUUGUCGGAUUCAAUCUCAUAAAAUUGAUUAUCUAGAAUUUUAAGGUUUGCUUGGAACAUCCGACCAUUCACGAACCAAAGCUACAUUUUCAUUCAUUUUUAUCAAUUAUUCGCAUAAAUUCACUUAUAUAUAUUCACACUCAUCACCUACUUCACGCACAUAACCUCCUAUAUUCUUCAUAAAACAAAAAUACUAUAGGACCCAAAAAUGUAUCGUGCUUGUACAAUUUCCUUGGCUUAUAUAAAUGCGUAUACGUUGUGAUCUCUCUUUUCCCUUGUUUCGCUUCCCAUGCAUGCACGUACGUACGCAGAUGGCAGAGGAAGAAUAAAACCCGAUGCGAUUUAGAAGCCCAAGAAGAAAUGCAAACACUCUGAAAAAAAUCAAAUAUCUUGGCGCUCCUUUUGAAUUCCGUUAAAAAGAAUUUUUUUUCCAGAGAUGGAUGACCACGUCAAUGGCAACAAGGUCACCGGGAUUCGCCAAAUCGUCAGGCUAAGGGAGAUCCUCCACAAGUGGCAAGCCGUCACCAUCGGCGGCGGCGGCUCCUCGUCGUCGUCGUCGAGAUCCAACGGCGGCGGCGGCGGUGCAACAUCUCGGGUUAGCCAGCCGGCUCUAGGAGGGAUCUCCCCGGCGAUCAACAACAGAGUGGCGGACAUCAUCAAGAUCAGCUGCGACUCCGACGAGGAAGGCUGCCCGAGCCCCGACGCCGAGCCGCCGGUGGACGUCCCCAAAGGUUACCUGGCGGUUUACGUCGGGCCGGAGCUCCGGAGGUUCAUCAUUCCGACGAGCUACCUGAGCCACUCUUUGUUCAAGGUGCUGCUGGAGAAGGCGGAGGAGGAGUUUGGGUUCGACCACAGCGGCGGGCUCACCAUCCCUUGCGAGAUCGAGACCUUUAAGUUUCUACUCAAAUGCAUGGAGCAUCAUCCCAAGGACCACAAUGCAGAUGAUGAUGAUGAUGAUGGCACAGGUGAAGAUCAUUCAUUAACUGUUAAGGAAGGAUAGAGUAAUGGGGGCAUGCUCUUUAAUCUGCAGAUAUAUCUUCUUUUCCAAAUUUUUACUAUCUUACUUUGCCUUUCUUUUGGCUUCUUUUUUCGCCUGAUUGACAAACAGUAGGAAAGGAGGGUUUAAUUAGAUAGAUGGGCCGCAGGAUUGUGUGGGUUUUUGCGUCUGCUGAAAAUGGAGGCUUGGUGGGUUUACAUGUUCUUUUUUUUUUUUCUUCUUUUUCGUGUGGAGAUGUAAUGUAACCCAAAAUGCUAUUUUGUUGAAAUACAAGCAAGGAUAAGUUAAUAAUUGUUGGUCACCUAUGAUGGGAUUUCCCCCCAAAGUAUGUGGAGUGGAGUUACAGAAUCUAUUAUGUAACAAUGGGCUGUGGCCCAUUGUGGAUGAUGUUGUAAACUAGUUGUGUAGGGCUAGUUAGUAGACUCGAGACCAAGGUUCAGGAAAUCGUACUGGAGGUUAUACCGGAAAAAUGAGUGGUAGGAUAUUUUGUACUAAAAUUGUGAUUUAAUCGUGAUUGAAUCGUUUCCUAUCGCUAAAAUCAUAUCCUGACAUUUCUCAGCGAAAUGGUUUGGUAGAUGGUAAAAAUUGCCAUGUGCUGAAAGUGACUCGAACUCUCCUCUUGGAGUCUCACAUUCCUUCCUCUUCUUGGCCCGAAACAGUCGUAACUGUCAUUCUAUUAAUUAAUUAUCAUGGCAUGACAAGGUGUACGUCGAACUAAGUGAGGUGGCUCUCACAACCCUCAUGCAUCGAUUUUGUCAAGGUGCCGAACUUACCUUAAUGCACGUAUGGCUAUUGUGGAGCAAGAUCAAUAAGAACGUGAUAGAUGAGAUCAAGAGAGGGCGGAGCAUUAAAGAGUUGAAAGGGAGCAUGCUAAACAAGUUAGAGCUAAACUGAGCACGAGCCUUACAAGAACGUAUAGAGAGGAACCUUCAGCAACAUCACCCAUUCGUGGGAAGAUCGGCAUAGAGGAGGAGGAGGAGAAGGAGAUGAUGAUAUGAGGGCAUCAAAAUCAAGAUUACAAUCCCUUUCAAGAAAGAAGUAAUCCUCGAUGCUUACCUCGAUUGGGACAGAAAGAUAGAGAUGAUAUUCGAUUGCCACGAAUACACUCAAAGAAGGAAAGUGGCUCUAGUUUUCCUAGAGUUCACUGAUUAUGCUAUAGUCUCUGGUGGGAUCAAUUAUGUGCACAAAAGAGACGAAAUGGAGAAGACCAACGGUCGAGCUGUAGAGAGAUGGAGAGAAUCACGAGGAGUCGAUUUGUGUCAGUCUAUCACCAAAGAGAGAUGCAUCAAGCUCUUCAAAUCCUUUAACAAGGCUGUAACAGCGUGGAAGACUAUUACAAAGAUGCAUAUGCUAAUGAUAUGUGAUGAUAUUAGAGAAGAUUGAGAAGCCACCAUAGCUCGAUUUCUCAAUGGUCUAAAUCGUAAAGUGAAACAUGUAGUGGAAAUUCAACCCUUUGUUGAAUUGCAGGAGCUCGUGCAAAUGUCGAUCAAGGUGGAGAAGCAACACAAGGGUGGCUAUUAAAGACGAGUUGCUUUAUCAACUAGUGGUACAUCUAGUGCCCCACAUUCUUCCUAUGCCAAAAAGGAGGAUCCAAAGCCAAUUAUUAAGCCAAUUUCACAGCUAUCUUCUAGAGUGGAGAAAUCAAUAUCCUCAAACAGC